AGUCUCGCGAGAUGAGACUUGUGUUGUCGGGAUUCAGCUGUCAAUCUGGAGCCAAAGAGCUGGACAUUAGUGGUGUUGUUGCGGGACGUGUAAUCAACGAUCCGGGAUUGGGGGAUUUUUGGUGUCUGGAUCGUGGGGACUAUUAGGCGGCAUGAACGUUUCUGAUGCAUUCCAGGUCAGAUCGCAUUCACAGCUCAAAACAUUUGUGGCCACCUGAUCUGUCCUUGUUUUAGUGGCAAAGUUCCAGAAACUUUCUUGGCAAAUGAUUGUGCUGCAACAUGCCAGCCCUCCACCGCAUCCAGAGUGCUCUGCUUGUCCUUCCACCUUGGGAAUAGGCGAAAGGCAAAUCAUGAUCCCUACUGCCAUUCAGUCUCAGAGGAGUCCUGUUAAUACUUCCCAUUUGACCUCCUUAGAAGUUACUCAGGAUGAAGAAUUUGCAAAGUUUUUGGAACAAGAUCCCUCACUGGAAGAUCUUUGUAAGCAUCUGUCCUGCAAGCUGUGUAACGUUACUCUGAACUCAGCACAGCAGGCUCAAGCUCACUAUCAGGGCAAAAAUCACAACAAGAAGCUUCGCAAUUACAGUGCAUCGAGUAGCUGUCCUGCAUCAUCAAGAAUGAGUCACACUCUGGAGAUAACUUCGCCCCCAGCUGUAUCAUCACUGAAUACUUCCUCGACAAAAGCAGGUGGGCGUGUGAUUCUUGCCACUAAGAAUGACUACUGCAAACUGUGUGAUGCCUCUUUCAGCUCCCCAGUUGUAGCCCAAGCUCACUAUCAAGGAAAGAACCAUGCAAAAAGAUUACGCCUAGCAGAAACACCUGCAAACUGUUUUAUGGAUUCAACUGAAUGUAAGAGAAAAACUCGAAAAGAUGGAAAUGAGCAUAAGGUGAUGCCAAUGAGAAAAAAUUCCUGCACAGUUCAGAACAGUACAGGUCCAUAUUUCAAUCCUCGUUCUCGACAGAGAAUUCCCAGAGACCUAGCCAUGUGUGUCACUCCCAGUGGCCAAUUUUACUGUUCAAUGUGCAACGCAGGAGCCAGUGAAGAACUGGAGUUUCGGCAGCACCUAGAGACAAAGCAGCACAAAAGCAAAGUUUCUGAGCAGCGAUACCGCAGUGAAAUGGAAAACUUGGGAUACAUGUAGUAAAAUGGCCUGUGUCAACUAUGGUUAUUUAAUUUUUUGUUUGUUUUUGGCUUGUGUUUAAACCCUUAGCUCUGUAAGCAUGUUGCAACCGGAGGUACUUGUGGUAUGCCCAAGGAUUUGCUGUGUCCUGGGCUUAUGGUUGGUUAGAGAUGCAUCAUUACUUUAAUACUGGCGUGGCAUUACUUGUAUGUUUCUAAGCCAUUUUUACAAGUGCUGGUAGGCAAAGAUUGAGAAUCUAAAAGAAAUUUGUGUUAGAACAGAGAUCUCACAAUACAUGCAAAAGAGAUGCUCUACAGUUAUACAUAUUUUAUGUUCAGCUCUUGUAAGAUAAAAUCAACUAACACCCAUGAUUAAAAAAAAUAACAUAAGAGCUAACACCACCUCAACUAUAAGGCCAGCACAAGUCACGAAGAGUCCAAUGACCACGUAAGUGCACAGAACUUCAGAUCUUUUUACACAUUUAAAGAGACUUCAAAGGAUUAAAGGGCUUUCUUUGAUUUAAUUUAAACAUUUUUGUGAAUAAUGAUAUUUUAUCAUUUAUCAAUAAUGUUAAUUUGUUUUGGUUCUCUAUUUACUUCAUGCUUUUUAUGGGAGGUCUAGGUGGCUUAUUUAGGUACAUUUUUGCUUGUUAAAUGCACAAUUUUUACGGCAGAUAUUGGAACUGUAAGGUAAUAUUUACAGCCUUGCAGCUGAAGCAUUUCAUGUGUAAUAAUGUUUUAAAUUAUAGGUCAAUGAGCAAUCAAAUACUUUAUUAUAGAGACACUUUAUAUAAUUAAUUGUCUGAAUUGUUAAUGCAUGAAAUUUGUGUCAGGUAUUGGAUAAGUAAGUAUGCUGAGCAGCAUAGUGUACUGACCAUCAUCAGAAAUUCACAUGUUUGAUUUCUCAACAGUGAAACAGGUUCAGGCAAAUUGGCACAGCUUUGAUAGGGGGGUCAAUGUGUUAAAUAAUAAAAUGGAAGGAUUUCCAGCAGUUUAAUCUGGAUUCCCACCUAUGAUUCAUAAUAAACUUGCCCCAUACUCUGUGAUAUAUGAAUGGUUCCUUUCCAUAAAUUACACCAUCCAAAAUAGUGUAUUCCUUGAAUAUACUUUUAGAAUUUUCUGUGUGAUUGUGUAUGAAUCACAAUCAGAUUAGAGUUGAUUUAAACAAAAUCUUUUGUGCAUAAUAAAUGAGCUGCCUUACCAAAGAAUUUAAGGACAGUUGAAUAUUUCUAUGGAUAUAUAUCUGGGAAGACUUACAUUUGUCAUAGUUUACACGAACUUCUUAAAUAUAUUAAUUGGAAGAAAUCUAAGCAAUGGUUUAAAGCAUGCAACUGUGUUGUAUAUUGCUGUAGGAAACUGAAAAAGCUCAAGAACCCAAUACUGUGUUUGCUCAUAGACCGUAUGAUAUACAACCAAUAUUUUUUCAUUGUAACUCAAUGGGCAUUUAACAAAUUAAUGUGCAAUGAAAUGUAGAUAGUUAUAUAUGUGUAAAAUUGUUCUAAUUGCACUCCAUUCCUUUGCUGCAAGAAGAGCUCAACGCGCUUUUUUUUCUGUAGCUGAAGGGAUAAAAUGUAUGGGACCUUGGCCAGUCAUUUUACAAGGGACAUCAUUUUUACUCCACUGUUGUUUAUAUACUUCUUUUAUAUUAUAUUUUUGAUUAAGGGCGUUAGAUGAAAAAUGUGUCUGCUUUAGGAUUUUUAGCUCAUUGGCCUCAAAACUUUUCUGCUACAUCAGUUGAAUUAGAGAUUAUUUAGCAUUUCAAGUCAUCUUGCUGCUUCUCAAAGCCAGUAAAGGCUGGGUUUUUUAUCUUAAUCCAUGUAGAAGUUUCACCUGAGAAUCUGAAACUUUGUGUUUCCAGAGCCUGCGGUAGUGAUAUUGCUUUAUAUUUCCGUCCUGCAUCAUAAAUUCAGCUUAUUACACAUUAAGCAUUUUUCUGCUUUAAAUUGGAAUUUCUUUCAAGAGAAGUAGUAUAGUGGCAAUUUUAUUUCAGUUAAUUGAAAAAGAAGAGAGUUUCCAGUUUUCCUGCAAAUAGGGUUCUCUUUGUAUUUCACAUAUGGAAAAUCACAGAUUGACAAUCCUUCAGUUAAAGGAAAGGGGUUGGUUUUAAAGGUUUGUAAAAAAAAGUUUUACAUUUACUAUAUUCUAGUUUAUUUUUAGUACGUUACUAUACAUUCUUACAGGAAGGUUACUUCCUUUUGGCCUUUGACCUUUGUUGGUCAUAAUCAGGAGAUUGUAAGAGCUACAUUAUCCUAAAUAGAAGUUGCUGUCACUACCAACCACCAGUUAUUGACUGACUUAAUUCAGUCUUGUUCCAUCCAGUGAAUAUGGAAAAUGUGACAACUUUUUUUUAUUCUGUUUCUAUUGUUGGUACUUUUGUGUGGGAGCACUUGGUUUUAGCUUCUAUGGAAACUCACACUCAGAAUUGCAUCUUGCCAUUAACAACUAAAAAACUGCACUGGAUCACAAUCUCACAAGCUUGUUUUGUCAUUUCAGAAGAUUCUUUUCCUUUAUUCACGUGCUGUUCAUUCAAGAGACAUAAUGGCAGGAUGUUCAAUGUAAAUGUCUUCCUUCCCCUGAGCCUAGUGUAGUUUGUUGCCAUGGUAACCACUAAUGGAGACAAAGAAUAUUAUUUUAAGGAUGAAGAUUGGGUAGAUUGGGAAUAAGUAUAGUAUAGUAGUAGUAAUACUCAUUUAGAAAUGUCUGUGGUGAUUGGGUCUUGUCUUUUUCACCACUAGUGAUGGGCGAAUUUGCGCCGUUUCGCUUCGCCGAAAAAUGUGUCGGCGUCGGCGCCGGCGUCUCGUUUUUUACGCCGGCGGCCGUUUUCUUUGGACGUAGCAAAUUCGCACCUGGCGAAUGAAUUCGCCCAUCACUAUUCACCACAAUAUGGGCCUGUAGACUGUUCUGUAUUUUAUUCUGUGUCUUCUUAUAAUAGGAGACCUUUCAUUUGCUCAAGUGAAAUCAGUUUCUCCUGUUUUAUAUUUUAGCUUGUACUGGUUUUUUUUUAUAUUGAAUGUUUUUCUGUCAUUUAAAGCCUAUUGUUCUUUCAUUGUAAUUGUCAUAUAUUUUACAAAAAUGUUAAAAAAAAAAAAAUAUUGAAAAAAAAAACUAAAGCUAAAUAUUGUUGAUGUACCUUAUAUUUAUUAACUCAAUGUGUUACUGGAUGUCUGCCUAUAAAAUAUUUUCUGUUCUGCACUACAUUGAGUGCCGGUAUAUGUUACUGCCCUGUCACAAGGAUUUAUCAGACAUAUGAACAGCGCACCCUCUGAAUUAUUGUUUCAAUUCAACACCUGAAAAAUAAAUGACUCCGCAAUCUCACAUAAUUGAGAAACUGUUCUAUGGAAAUCAUUCAUUUCUACCGCGUAACCUGAUACUCAUAAUGCUUCUUAGGAUAGAAAAGAAAUUGGAAAGCAGAUUAUACUUUAUUGUAUUAUUAUUGUUGUAAUGCUUUAACCUGUAAUUCAACAUAAUCAUUUCUGCACUCAGAACAAACCAUUUUUAUUUUUCACAGACUGAAAUAUAAUUACCUUGAUGGCUAGUAAAGCAAUAUAAAAAAUGAAGCAAUGCAUUUAAAUGAAGCACUGUGCUAUAAGAAAAUGAAUUAUGCCUGUUUACUCAUUGAUAUACCAAGAAUUUGUUUUAGCCAAAAAGACAGCAGAUACUUGCAGAGCACUGAUUACAUAUAGUAAAAUGUGCAUUUUGCACUAUAAUCCCAGCAUAAACCGAAUUAUUGACUAGUGUAGACUAUACAGUAUGUUUAUAUGGUGUCUAUAGUUAGACAUUCACAUACAAAACACACCCGCAUGUAUAUGUAAAUAUUGAAAAUAUGGAAUUAGACUGUGUACCUCUGUUUGCUUAGUUGAUGAUUAUAUACUAAUCUAAAAUAA